UUCAAAUUCAAGUUUUCAUACGAAAUUUUCCCACCAACUGCAGUAACGAGUUGGUUUCUUUUUCUAUUUUUUGUUUUUUUAAGAAGGUGGACAGCUUGCAGACUAUGCAGAUAUGAAUCAAGUAAUCCAGGAAAAGUUUAUUCCGCAGCAGUUGCUGCAUUUCCUGGCAGGACGGCGUUGCUGCCAGCAAUUCGCGUGCACUUAUCGGCCCAGCGAGCACGAGGCGUUCGUAGCGCAGUCCCGGGCUUAUGGCCUGCGCUCCCAGAUUGUGUACAACAAUGGCCAGAAUUACAUCAAGGUGUUUAAGCAGGCGUGCCACCACUAUAUGGAGCAGCCCAAGGCCUUGUCCCUGUCGUCCUCCAGCAUAAUGAAUAUGUUCACGAUGCUGAGCCGAACAGCGCUUCUGAACAGGGAGGAUCUGGAGCUGUCCGAUCUGACUGGCCAGCGACCAACUUGGCGCUCGAUUCAUCUCCCACUGCCGCCCAUCCGUCCUCAAACGGCCUACUUCAAGACUGAAGGCCAGCGCGUCUUCCUCCAGAGCUUCCCGGGACACCUUCACUACGACGAGAUCCUGAAGCUGAUCUACGCCAAUCGGGUAAUCGUCUUUGAUGCCGAUCGUUCGUGGGACAAGUCAGUGUUUUUGCCGCUCCUGAUCCUGGAUGAUUGCGGGAACAAAAAGUCGCACGUCAGGAUCAUGUGCAUCGAGAAGGACAGCGUUGUGGCGAUGCACAACAGUCAGCGCAUGGCGGCCAACUAUUUUGGCGAGGAGGUGGGCGAGUCGGUGGGCAUCCAGCUGCCCUACUCCAACAUGGUGGGCUCCAGGACGCACAUUGUCUUUUCGACGGCUCAGUACUUUCUGCGCGCCGUCGCCACCCUGAAGUUCAAGGACAUCAGCCACGUGGUUGUCAACGACGUGCAUCUGCAUGAUCCCUACACCGACAUUCUGCUGACCGAGCUGCGGGAUGCCUUGAAUAAGAAACCAAACUUGAGGGUGGUGCUGCUUUCCCAAACGGACAACUUAAAGCAGUUCACCGCAUUCUUUGGCGAAGGCGCCGAAGUGAAUAUGAAACGCCACCAGCCGUCGAGGACGCGCAUCGCCCAUUUGGACGACAUACACAGUAGCAUUGCCUUAGCUGGGAUUCACAAGGGACCGGAUAUAUACAAGGAGAUCCCGGAGAUUUUCCGCACCAAGAGCCAGCGCAACGAACAGAUGGACAAUUGUCUGCAGGCCUACGAGGAUCUGGGCACCGAUGCCGCCAUUCGUCCCUUUUUGUAUGCCAUCAACUAUGACUUGGUGCCGGUGAACUACCGCCAUUCCGUGAACGGCAAGACCGCCGCCCUCAUAGCCUCCGACCUGAACAACGCCAAUCAUCUUCGUUUGCUGCUCUUCAUGGGCGCCGAUCCCUAUAUCAUGGACACGCAGCAACAGAAUGCCAUCUCCCUGGCCGCCUCCAAGGGCAACCACGAGUGCAUAGAUGUCCUGAACAACUAUAGCCUCCAUGGCUACGUGGUCAAGAAUGCCAAGCCGGAGUUUGUGGACUACGAUCUCAUAAUUGACAUCAUGUAUUUGCUGCGCACCAAGCCAGAGUUUACACCGGGCAACAUUCUCAUCGUUUUGCCCACCUACUACCACAUCGUCAAGCUGAACUACAUGCUGAUGAGUCACAGCCUCACUGGCAACCUGCAGGAGCUGUCCAUUUUUCUGCUGCACGAGAACAUUAAGAUGGAGUACAUUGAGGCCUUGGUCAAGUCCCGAAGCCCCGACACCGUCAAGGUCGUGCUCACCACGGACAUCAUCGAAUCGAUGCCGCUGCAGGAGGUGCCCUUCAAGUAUCUGAUAGAUACCGCCUGUCGGCUGAACAAGGUCUAUGAUAGCAGCGUCUACGGUGUGGACGAUCGCUACGAAUGGGUGUCCAAAGAUUGCCUGAUGCGCAGGGAGUUGAUUUUGGACAUAAAGGCUCCCGAUGCCCAGUGCUUCCGUUUGAUAUCCAAGGAGGCGUUCAAUGCGCUGCCCGAGACCAGCAAGCCGCGACUGCAGACCAUGCAGCUGGACAAGAUCUGCUUGGCCGUUAAGUUGCUGUCGCCGAACAUGAUCAUCAGUGAAUAUCUGAGCUUCACCAUCUCGCCGCCGCCGCUGAUAAAUGUGCACCAUGCCGUGCAGUUCCUCAAGAAAAUCGACGUUCUGGACGAAGUUGAGGAAAUCACCUGGCUGGGCUGUCGGCUGCAGGACAUUCCGCUGCCCUGCCAGCUCGGUCGCUUGCUUAUCUUUGGCAUCCUGCUGCAGUGCCUCGAUCCCAUACUGACCAUUGUCAGUUCACUGACCACGGCGGAUCCGUUGGGGAUACCGUUUAACGAGGACAUCGAUCACCUGUGGGACAGAUUCACCAUUUACAUUCAGAACCGCAUCAAGAACGAACGCUCUCGGCUGGCCGACAAUCAGUUCUCCGAUCACUUCAUCUUCCUGCGCCUGUUUCACGAGUGGCAGAGCAAGCUGAAGAACAAGAUGCCGCCGCUGUAUCUCACCGAUGAGUACGACUUUGUGUUAAACGGUUUGAUGGAACAGCUGAACUAUACGCGCUCCGAAAUCGUCAGUGCACUGCGCUCCACGAAUCUGAUCCAUGGUCAUGGUCAGCUGAGUAUGGCGAGUCUCAAUAAAAUGUCCGAAAAUUGGCAUAUUGUGAAGGCAGCGCUGACCGGCGGCAUGUAUCCCAAUAUCUGUGCCGUUGAUCAAGGGAACAAGUGUCUUAAGUCGGCCAUCUCGCCGAGCGUUCAUCUGCACCCAAACACGGUGCUUCGUGACUUUCUGGAGCCCUUGAAAAUCUCGGCUCUGAAUUUUCGCACACCCUGGAUUGUGUGCACCCGGCAUAAGGAUCACAUUGUCUAUGCCACCAUGGUGGUGCCCCUGGCAGUGGCUCUGUUUUCUGGACCUCCCCGUCUCCGGCUUUCCCAAGUGUGCGAUAGCCAGUCGAAUGAUCGCAAUGCCCAUCUGUUCAUCGACGAGUGGAUCUGGAUGGUUAUGCCCAAGCCUGUGGUCGAGUUGGUCAUGAAGACGCGUCAGUUCUUCUUCAAAAUGUACUACGAGCUGCUGAAGAACUGCUGCGAUCAGGAGCUGUGGCGACGCGAGUCCGGGCCACCGGGAUCGACUCAUGCUGCUUUGGCUGAUGCCAUAUCAAAGAUCUUUGAGGCCGAAGAAUCCUUCAUUGGCUUCUCCAAGCCGCCGGCCAUCAACUACCGACCGCUUGCCACCUUGCCGCCCAUGUACUUGCUAACCGUCAAUUCUCACUUCAGUUGGAUACGGGAAGUCGACGAGAAUCGUUCCUUGUGCAAGAACCAGGAACAGUUCUACACCCACAUGGUCGAGCGGCAGUUCUUCAUGCUCUACACCGAGGAGGACAGCGAGAGCUUCUACGGCAAAACCAGCAGUUGCUUCAUUGAAAGCGUCCUCGGGAAGUUCGUACGACCGAUUGAGACGCCCAUCAGGCAUAUCUUUGUGAUUUUGUACAGAAAGAAUCCGGAUGUUAUGAUCAGCGUUAGCCGGGCCAAAACCAUAAAUGGUGAAUUCACCCUGAAGGAGUAUUUUCGCAACUCGAUUCCGGUGUAUGAGAUUCUUGAUGCAUGUAUUUCGUUAAAGGUUAAUGUCCCCGUAUUCGAUGGUCGUUUGAUGUCCUGUCUCAUUGACAAGCGUGUUGGAAAUCUGAUUAUGGAUCUGUUUGCCUUUCGUCAUCAUUGGAUCCACAAGCGCUAGCCACGGGGCUUUACUUUUAUCUUACCCAUUUUAUUUUGUUUCAGCGUCACUGGAAGUCUUUUUUUUUCUUGAUGAAUCCAACUUAUGAAGUAUUAUUAUGUUUAAUGUGAAUGCUGUAUGGAAUGUAUAUUAUUUUUACUAAAUGUUAGAGCUGUUUGCCAAGUAAAGGGACAAUAAAAAGACAAGUCUGCAUAGCA